UCUGGGCUAGGGUUUCUCCUGGCCUUCCUAUCUGCCUAGGAAAAGGUGUCUGUGACUCUUCACUCCCAGAGAAAGAAGAAAAGCCAAGGGGAGCAUCCCUCGGCUUAAGAGGGGAAGGGUCAGAACACCGAAACCUGCUGGAGAGGGUUCAGAGACAAGGCCGCAGGGCCCGCGCUCUCCCGGGGCUCAGCGGCACAGGAACAAAGGUGCAGGGAGGCCUCUGCGGAAGGACGCCCUGGGCGCGGCCCAUGGUCAGCUCCAGCGGCCUCCCUUCGGCACCCAGAGAUGCAGGCGGCGGGGCUGCUGCUGCUGGGGCUGGCUUGCACCGUGCACGGGCUCUGCUCGCCCUCAGUGUUCUACAGAGACUGUUGGAUCCGCCGCUUCCCAGGGCUGCUCCUGGACCUAGAGGAAUCUCAGAGGCUGGGGGCCCAGUUCCUCAAGUACUACUCGGAGAGCACCGGCCAGAAGUGCAGCCGGAGCUGCUGUCUCCGGAAGGAUGGCAUAGAUCCAGAUUUGCUGGUUUUUGAGCAUCCAUCUCCCACAUACCCAAACACCCGCUCCUCGUCUGAUUGGUGGGAUAGACUGCGAAUUCUAAAAGCUCUGAAUGUAGGUAAUAAAGGACUAUACACAGAUGGGACGCAGCACAUGCGGCUGUCCACAGAGGCUGCUGUGUCUACUACACAUCAGGAUCUGGGUACAAACACAGGUACCAGUUAUUCCAGGAAGUCAACCACAGAUCUGGGGAUGAGAUUCAUUUCUGUGAAUGUGUCCCCUGCUACCAAGGUCAACAUGGAGUCACCAAGCACAGACUUCACCCACAGUCCAGAUAACAUGACUAUUUCUCCUUUCUUUGGACCCACAGACACAAAAGUUUCUCAGGUGCCUGGCCAAUCCCGACUCAACAUUAGCAAACAAUUACUGAACAAAACAAAGGGGUCCCACAGUGGAAGUCACACAGCUGAGGAUGAAGUGCCUCAGGACGGAGCACCAGUGACCGCAGGGGCCUGGCUGGCUUCUGUGACCCUGGGCGCUGCCAUGGUCUGCCUCUGCUGCUGUGUGGUCAUCGGGGCAUCCAGAUGCUGUGCACUGCAGAGGUCAGGAUAACACACUGGAGGAGAGUUCCUGAAAGCUGGAGCCAGGUUAUGGGCUUUGUGUUGUCAGCUUUCUCUAAGAAAACAUUUUGGUAAAAAAUAAAUAAAUAAAUAAAGCUAUGCCAGAAACCGGA